UCCCCCCUUUCUUUUUUAUUUUUUUCUUCGAGGAGGAAGCAAACAGCGUCGCUCCACGAAACCAUCGCUGCGGUUGCGUGCUCGCGCGAAGAAGAGGAGAGAGAGGACCAAACCCUCGUCUCCUCCUCCUCCGGUGGUGGGGGGAGAGGAGGCGGCGGCGGAGAGGACGAGCCGUCUACUGGAUCGGCCGCCCACGAGGAGGUAUUGCCCCCGUUCCCCUCCGAUUCGCUCCCCCCAAAUUCCCCCCGCGUAAUAAUCCAAGGGUUUGUGUUGAUCGGGUGGGGUUUUCUCGCCGGGUAGACCAUUUCCUGCGGUUGAUUGUUGGUGCGUGACGGGAGCGGAGCGUGAUCGGGUAUCGGACGUGGUCGGAUUGAUGGGGGAAUUUCUGGGAUUACUCGUCGUCGGCUUAAUAAUCGAUGAGGCGGGUGUGAUGUACAGCGGCGCGAUUGGUCGAUUCAGGUUUCAGAGUGCUUGAGAUCAUGUGAUUUCCGCUGCGAAGGAAGUUUUCAUCUCCUGUGACUGGAAUCACGCGCUAAUCCGUACCGAACUCUCUCUAUUGGGGCGUCCUGUUGGUGUCAAACAAGCCGUUCACAGCGAUCCUGUCUGUUCAUAACUAUUGUUUGCCUAGUUGCAAUUAACUGUUUAUCUUUGUCAGUCUAAUCUUUUGGCCAUAGGUUGUUCUCGCCCCCUAAUCAGUUGUUGGAACUUAUCUUUGUGCUUUAGCUUCUAUGGAUGAGUCGUAGGUGUGAUUGUUUAGUAGUAAAAUUAUUUGAGUUUUUGUCUUGUUCAAAUCACGCAUUUAAUUGGAAAAUGUUCCUCACCACCACUGAGUCUUUCAGUUCUAUCAAGGAGUCAGCAUCUUCUGGCCCAGCCUUUUUUGCGUUGCUACACUUUAGUUCGAGAGUCUCAUACAUACUUGAGCCACCAACUAUAUACCUUUGGAGAUUUUUCUUAUUUUCCCUCUUAGGCACAAUAUUGACAUAGUAAAAGUACAUCAUAAAUUUAACUUCAAGAGCUAAGCUCUACUAAUUAAAGUGGUCCUUUAUUCUUCUUAUUGUCCAUGUAAGAAUAGUUCAGUGAGAAGAGUUAUUUGACCCGUGUAACUUUUAAGUCAGCAAACAUUUUUGUUUGACUCCUUGUCCUGUCUAUUAGCAGCCUAGCAUGGCAUCUUUAGUUGAACUCUUCUACAAGGGACUACACUAUCUAAUGUGUUAUCACAGUUUCUUAUGUAAUAGAAAUGCAAUUCAUGUCAUUUCUUAGCAUCUAAAUGAUCAACGGAUAGAAAAAAAAUUAUAUGACGUGUAUAACUCAUGCUAUAUCUGAACCUUCAAGUGUACCUUCUUCUCAUGAUGCUUCUCCCAAUGGAAAGCAUCCCUUUAACCCUUCCAUCCAUAUUGGUUCUUAAAUUUCCAUGUCUUCCAUCAGACAGAGAACAUAUAAGUUCUACAACCUCGGUUUAUCCUUAGAAGCAGAAAUGUUCAAUAUGUCAAAGGUACAACUCCGUGUCCUUUGCUUUGAAAUUCAACAUCACUUGCACAACAUGUCUUCUGCAUCUUCAGGCUAUAGUGAGAUUCGGCUUCCACAAUAACCCACGACCUUGAAAGCUGUUAUUAAGAUCUAUUAGAGUUGGACACAAUCUUUGGAACAUGAUUCAGUUAUGUUGUGUGUUUGACUCCACAUUUGGGACACGCGGGAAUUAGGUUGGGUAAGCAAUUGCCAUUUCUUCCAAUAAUCUGAUGGUCAGGUAUUCAGGUUAGUGAAUGGUUCCAGACAUAUUAGUUGCAUAUAUAUAAUGAGUAAAUUGGAAGUUAUCACUUUUAAUCAUCUUAAUCCUUUGUGUCAUUCUCACCUUUACAAAAGGACAUAUACCUUCUCAUUCUUCUCCCUUUUCUCAAACUGUUAUAAACUUAUAAUAGUUUCCUUUGUUUUCUCUAGCCCUUAUAGUUUGUUGCUGUUCUAACUCUAAAAAUGAAAACUAAAACAAGGGGAAUUUAUAUCUUUGGGAAUACUACCUAGCUUUUUAUCAUACAAAUGUUGUGUAAUACCUUUACCAGGGUAUUAUAACUGUUAAUACUUUGAACUGAGCUACUAAUGACAUUGCAGGUACUAAUUGAUUCUUCCCUGUAAUGGAGAGUUUUAUUUUCCUUGAUUUACCAAAAUCAAGCUUACAUUAAGGUGUAACAAAUGGGUGUUUUGGGCUCCAUAAUCAUUUUGUUGAUGCUAAAUGCUGACUACUGGUGCAGCAAAUGGAAGAGCUCUUCCAGUUGAUAUAUGCCAUUUGAGGACAUGUGCUUUGUCCUCAGUAUAAGAACAUUGGCCUAACAUCAUUGUUGGAGUUGCAUUGCCCUUAGAGUGGGGAAAGCGACACCUCUUGCAAGAUAGUAACAGCAAUUAUAUCAUAAAUUACAAGUCAGGCCUUCCAAUGUGGUUUUGGAUGAGGCAAUUGAUACAUUGUCAUUUGAUGCUGAAUUUUUUGUUCGUCUGACGACUGGAAAGGGGGCACCUACGACGAUUAGCUUAGUACUUAGUGAUGGUGUAUGAAGAGCAUUGAUAGUCUCAUGGCCCAUUGCUAACAUGUAGAGAAGGAUUUUGAGUUCCUUGGAAGUAUUGACUGGAGGAGUGUGAACUACUUCGCAAAUAGAUGGGUGUAAAAUCUGGGAAAGAAAACUUAAAGAGCUAAAUGUUUUCUACCAUAUUAGUUGAUCUGAAGGUGCUUUCCAAGUCAAAAUCAGCUUAGCAUAUAGAAUUGACUUGGUGAUGGCGGUACCUGGACCCUUGAAGCAGCAGUUCAGAACUGAUUGCACUGAGUAUUUUCUCUGGAGAUAUCCAUUUGAUGGAGGUGGAAGGAAAGAGAGGCUAGUCAAUAGUAGGUCAACUGAUGGUGUUUGAAACAAGAUGCACUUACUCAUAAGCAGAAUAAACAAGCACAACAAUGCCAUGAAGGGAACCUUAGCAAUGCCGUACAUCUGGCAUCAUUUAAAACGGGGCUUGUUCCACUGUUAUACUAUGACCAUCCGCCUUGAUGGUUUUGCCUGGCUAUUCUGAAGCUAUUAGUUAGCGUUACACCUUUUAAGUUUUACACAUCCAGUGUUGUUCUUUUGUUUUUCUAAUAUUAUGUACAGAUAUCUCUCCCACAUGUCAUAGCUCAAUAUGACAAGGGCUUUAUCCUUUUCCAUGUAAAUAUUUGAGAUUCAGUCAGAUUCUUAUACUUGCUACUUGCUAGAAUGUGAAUGAUAACUGUACUGUUGGAAGAGUGUUGUCAUACAUACAAAUUAGUUAUAAAUUUGUUUCUACUUUUGCUACUUGUAUUGUCAUUGUUACAUAAGAUUGCAAUGCAUUUGAUGUUCCUUGAUGUUCUGAUGUUGUCUUGUUAUCGGCCAUACUAUAAUUGGGGAAAAAAAGAAAUAUAAAGCUAUUUUAGUAUCCACAAACACAUUUUUAUGUUUUUUGUGAAACAUGGUAUUCAUAUGCUGUUGUAACAUGUAUGCCAAUAUUAUGUUGGUUUGUCCUUUGGAGAAAAGAUGAAUGUAGUCUUGAUAUUUGGACCUAUUUUGUCUCAAAUCAUGCCUGAAGAUGUAAAUAUAACCAUAUUAAUAGGUGAAUAGUGUUGAAAUGUUGUAUGUUUUUGAGCUUGAAGUCAAAACAUAUUAAAACAACCAGAAUGCUUCUUAGAAUCUACACAUGCAGCACAACCAAUGUUUUGAGCUAUCACUUUUACUGAGACUGCUGCAAUCUAUCAACUCUGCCUUUUCUUGAUUAUAUCUUUUCCCCCAUGAAAUAUAACCAACAUCAUGUAUGAAAAGGUGCAAAUAAUUUUAUGUGUACAACACAAACAUGGAUUUGGGCACAAUAUAUUUUUGGUACUGUUUAGACUUUAAGUUGUCAUGGGGAAAUGUAAUCGGUGUCAUAGUUAUCCUGCAAAGUAGUCAUGAAAUUUUGGUGGAUUUCGAAUUGUUCAACAGCUGCACCUUUAUCAAAGCCAUGUCUUUAUGCAUUGGUUCUUAAAUUAAGUGUCGAACUGUUGCUUCCUGCAACAGAUUGGUAUGCAAUUCCAUUUCUGGUUUAUAUCUGGAACUGCUAUUCUGCGGCCAAAACAGCCUUUGUUUUGGCUUAUUUUUUGUCUGAAUACAAUGCUCAGAUUUCCUUCGAAGUGUUCCUGGAUAUGUAUGACAGGAACUUUCAUAUGUGUAGAAUGCUUUGUGUUAAAUUAAGUAAGACACUGGACAUGAUGAAUCAUUUGGCCCAUGGCAUCUCAGAUCUGUGUGACUCAGGUCUCAAAUAUAACGCUUCUAAGGUUGAAAUGCUUUGUUCCUGAAGUUUAUGAAUUUGUGAUUAUGCAUAUAUUAUCUUGCCCUUCUUUUUCUAGUUUAAAACUUCAUGUUUACAGUCCAUUUGCAGCUGCAAUAGAUUUGCUGGAAAACUAAUAGAGCAACUUGUUUUCCCAGAUUAAGCCAAGUUUGAUCAGAUUGUUCACGUGUUAUGGCUGGACAUCAGUAUAAUAAUUCCCAGAUGUCCCGGAUGGAUCAUAUGGACAGGCUAAACAAUGAACCUCCACCUUUUGGCCAAAAGUUAUUUAUGCAUCCUAGGAGUGAUCCAGCUAACGGAGCUGGAUCGUCUGGCUAUGUGGGUAACACAAUGAGAUCGAAUGAUCUUCCGUCUUCAAGUUAUGCUGGCCAAGCUUAUGGUCAGCAGAAUAGAGCCCCCAUCCAUGCUUCAUAUUCUGGUCAUGCACCUGCUGGAAGCUCUAGUGGUAGCUAUGCACCAUACAAUACUCAACAUAUGCCUGCUUCAAGCUAUCCACACGGAUCCGAGGAUAAUUUCAUUCCAAGUUCCCAUGUGGAUGGCAGAAGGGUUGCAUUGAAGAGAAGAAAUCCCAUCAUUCAUCCUACAGAUGGAUUCGGUGUUGGAAAUUAUUAUGCUGGCAGUUCUUCCAAUACUCAGUUCUCUCGGCCCAUGCCUCCAAAUCCUAUUCCACCUCCUGAAUCCUGUGUUCGAAUGCCCUCACACUUGGGUUCGAACCACUGGAAUGAUCACCGCUAUGUUAAUCAUGAAGGAUCUCAGAGGAAUGUGAGGGGAAGACAUGAUCAUAGUACUAUCCAUUUGGAACAAAGUCCAGCUGCAGCUUGCCCGUCAAGCAGCAUCAAUGUGCCACCAUACCAUCCAAAUGCAAAUGGUCCUUUUGGAAGUGCACCAGUACAACGUGACAGAGCUCCUUUAUCUGUGCAUCCAAGAAUUCUUCCUCCAGGGCCUGAUGGUAGUAGCAUAGCAUUCAGAGAGAGGCCAUACUAUCCUGCUCCACAGAGCACCAACAUAAGUGCACCUGUGCCAACGCUUCCUAUUUCUUGUGACAGUGCACCAUUUGCUCAUGGUGGGUACGCCCCUAGAUCAGCUCAUCGUAACAACUUACGCACUUAUCCUCCUCCAGCUUUUGCAUCUUCUUCCAACCCUGGAGCAGUCUCCCAUGAGCCAGCUAUUCCUAGCUAUCCACCUGCUGCCCCUAGCUAUCCACCUGCAACCUCUGCAGCAUCAUCAAGUGUCCAGCCAUUUCAUGCUGAAGCUGCUGCACAUUUGAGGCAUCCAAGGCAUGUAUCUGUAGGGGGCAGUGGUAGUGCAAGGAGUAGAAGGAUGAGGGAUUCCUAUCAUGGUUUUCAUCAUUUGAUGAUUGAAGACAAUAACUUGGGAAGAUCAGCAGCUGAGCGGUUUAUGAUGCUGGAUCAGUUAGUUAUCCAUGAAUCAAGAGAAGCAUUCGAUCCUCACUGGGACAUGAGACUGGACAUUGAUGACAUGAGCUAUGAGGAGCUGCUGGCUUUGGAAGAACGCAUAGGCCAUGUGAACACUGGCCUCGCUGAUGAGAAAAUUUCUGGCUGUGUGAUGGAGGUAGCCUGCUGCAGCAGUAGUCAUUUGCAGGAUGAUCAGGACAAUGAAAGAUGUGUAAUCUGCCUGGAGGAAUACAAGCAUGAGGACACACUUGGGAGGCUGAAAUGCGGCCACGGGUUUCACUGCAAUUGCAUCAAGAAGUGGCUGCAGGUGAAGAACACCUGCCCAGUUUGCAAAGCUGCUGCCGCAGAUGAAGGCAGCUGAUGAGGGGACCAAUUGAUCUUCCCCUCCAUUUAUAUAAUGAUGCAGUUCAAGGUCAGGCCAAAUUAUGCCUGUCUCCAUUGCUCCGCAAUCUGUGGGCUCUUGUGAAUAAGUUAUCUCGGUCGAUAUGGAAUUAUUUUGUGAGCUAUUAGACUAUUAUAAACUCAAGCAAAACCUAUGUGCAAUGUAAAUCUCCCAAGUUAGUUAAUUUCGCUCAAAAGCAUCCAAUUGUUGUUCAGUGGUUAAUUCUAACAUGGAGAUAUCUCUUCCCGGA